GGCGUCGAGAUGCUCGAGGUCGAGGUCGCCCACCAGGCGGACACCAUCGGCAGAUUCAUCAAGGCCCGGCAGGAGGGCGCCAGCGACACGUACUUCUCAUCGUGCAGCGCCAACAAGUGCGGGACGAUCGCUCCAGCUGGCGCUGUGGUCGAGCACUUGGACAUGUGGCAGGUGAUGGGCCCCAGCGGCGUGGCCCGCGAGCGGGCGAAGCUCAUCUGCCCAGCAGCGGAUCCUGGGGCGCCUGUGCGGACCGCCUCGCCCUCGGCCGAGCCAUUGCCUGGAGAGCUCGGCGGCUGGCCGCUCGGGGUGGAGGGCACCCCGACCCCGGGCGGUCCAGGAGAGGCGGGCCCGCUCGACCAGGAGAUCGCCGGGCUCGAGGAGACCGCCGAGGACCCCGCGCUCGAGGCGCGGCUGGCGCGGCUGGAGGGCAGGGCAGCUCGUGGCGUGCCGAGGCAGGGCACGCCCAAGAACGCUGCGCGCCCGGCAGGAGCCAUAGGCGAGCGCCUGGCACAGGAGGUUGCUGGCCGAGCCGCCGCUGCUGCCCCAGCGCGCACUGGCGCCUCGAGGAGGAGGAGCAGGCCAGCAGCGGCCGUGACCACGGCACUCCGGGACCGCGACGACGACGACGUCGAGGACGGCGCGGAGAGCGACACAGAGCGCCUUGGGGGCUGCGACCGCUACCAGGGCGUGAGCUGCAAGCGCGACUUGUUCGGCUGGAUCGCUCGACAGCGGCCCGACGCUCUCCUCGUGAAUGGGCUUGGCCACCUGGGCAGCCAGUUCACUCAGCAGUUGUCCGCAGGCGAGGCCGACCUGCUGGCCCCAGGCGUCACACAGUUCCUGUACACGGGGCUCUUCGUUGCUCACCCGCCGCGGACGCUGGGGGCAGUCGAGAGGCGGGUCCUCCGCCCGCCAGGGCUGGCGCUCGACGGCAUCGUGCGCAGGGAGGUCAUCAAGACUGCGGAUCUGGUCAUGCUGAGGUUCAAGGCGCGGUCGAUGGGCAUCCGCGACGGGAACUGGCAAUCGGCGCGAUGGCUCACGCUGGUCUCGCAGGAACAGCUUCCGUCAGGCACCUCUCUGGGCGAAGAGAACGCUGCCGAGAAGGUCGAGGCCCGGGAGCUGAAGGUCGCCGAAUUCCGCCAGCGACUUGCAGACCGCAGGCCGGGCUGGGGGCCUGGCCGGGAGCCGUCUCCGUUGCUGGGGAGGACCAGCUGCAGUCCCACGCGGGCGGUCCAGCUUCUGAGCGACUUCGAGGGGGACCUCGACGCAGCUGCCGCCGCCCGCGUGCCACCAGCGGACGCGGCUGCGGGCCGGGGCUUCGCGCAGCACAAGGCGGCCCACCCGAGGCGCGAGGGCGAGACCCAGGACAGCCCGGGUUCAGGCGUGAGGGCCGACGCUGCGGAGGCCGCGGCCUCGCGCACGCCCCCGCCUGCCCUCCGCCCGCCUGAGCGGCAGCUGCGCGGCAGCUCGCAGCCGCGGCGGUGGCGCCAGAUGCCAGCCGAGGUGGGCACAGGUGUCAGCUCCAAGUUCAGGCCCCCUCUCGCGGUCCACGAGACGGUGCACGGUUCGCCAGGGGCGAUCGGGCGGUAUGUUUGUGAGAUGUGCACUUCGCCAGACCCCACGGCCAGCUUCGCGCGGCUGCGCGAGGUGUUGCCGUUACCGUUGCCCGAAGCCCCACUCUUUGAGAGGCACCGUGCCGCCUGGUACUUGCACCAGCAGCUGUCGGAGACCUGCGAGGUGGACGCCGCCACGGCGCUGGGGCGGGCCCUGCUCGUGGACUUCAGCCUGAACUACUCGUACAUGGGGCACAUGCGUUGUCCAACCAACGCCGCAGUGCGGCCCACGGCAGGUCUGGUCAGUGCGCUCGGCAUUGUGCAGGAGGGGUGUGCGAACUUCGCUCAGGAUCCUGCCGCAGCGUUCGAGCUCCCGGACUGGGACCGGGUCAUCGCGUCGAAGACCGUCUCCCACAGGGGCAAGGUGAUGUCCCGCGCCCCGCCGCUCUCGCUUGCAGGCAACAUGCCAGGCCUCCCCGCGCAGGGCGACCCCGCAUCGGUCAAGGCGGUCGACCUCGCGGACGCUCAGGCGGGCGCCGGGCGUGCCGGCCCCACGCUGGCUUUGCUCCCUCAGGAUGAGUCGCCUGCCGAGGACCCGCAAGCGGCGAACCUGGUCACGUCCAAGCAGGAGUGGAACCGCAUCGGGACCAAGCUUGUCAAGCUGGGGCUGGCUGCGGCGAUCGCCGACGACCGCCUCUUCAAGGUCGGGAGCCGCAGGGUGCUCGCUGGGGCGUUCGGGGUCGCCACGGGCGGCACGCGGUCACCCGGCCAGGCGUGCGUCCAGCGCCUGAUCAUCAACAUGGUCUCGGCCGACAGCUACCAGCGCAUCAUGGAGGACGGCAUUGGGACCCUAAGUGCAUCGCCCUCGGGGGUCGCCGUCCCGCUCCCAGAGGGGCACAUGCCGCUCGGGUCCUCAGAUGACCUGGCCUCCGCUUUCUACGGCUGCGAGCUGCCCGAGGCUUGGCAGCCACACAUGGCCCUCGCAGAGGCGAUCCCAAACGAGCUCAUCGGUGUGCCGGGUCCAGGGAAGACACACCUCGCGCUGCUCGUCUUCCCGUUGGGCUGGAUCAUAGCGGACACGGAGUUUCAGCACUGCCACAGGCGCCUCGGGGGCGGCGCUCGCCCCCUCGCUGCGGGGUUUCCUGCGGAUCUCGAGUGGCACAGGGACCGCCAACAUCCGAUCAAGUCGAAGGAGCUCGAGCAGCAGUGGGUCCAGUACUGCAUCGACGACUGGGACCAUGGCGAAGGGGUUUCCAGCGCGUUGGUCGCGGAGCUCAUCGGCACGGUGAGCUGCGCCCCGGAGAAGCAGAGGGCCGCCUACGGCGGCUCGGGGACCAGCGACGCCCCCGGCAAGGUCAAGCGCCGCGCGCUGGUCCUGGUGCAGAUGGGCGCAGGUCUUGACGGGGCCGUCGGCCAGGUCGGAGUCACGGCCGAGAAGCUGCACCGGGCGCUCGCGCUCAUCCUGUGCGGCAUGGGCAGACAGGGCCUCUCGACGCAGGGCAUGCUCAUGAUCCUGGGCAGGUGCGUCAGGGCAGCGGAGUUCAGGAGGCCUUCUACGGGGUUCCUCAACAGCGUGGGGGCUGCUAGGUGCUGGACGCGACCGCAGGCUGAUCCCCUUGGAAUGUGCGACGAGCUCUUGGGCUUCGCGAUGGCGCUGCCGCUGGCAUACACCGACCUCCGCGCAAAGAUCGUCAUUUGUGACAUCGCGACCGAUGCCAGUGAGCGCGCUGGGGGCAUCUGCCACACGGCUGGGCUCUCGGCGCAGGGCGUUGCCUGCGCGAGGGGAGGAGCUUCAGCAGUGAAUUUGCGGCCUGAUGCAGUUGCGGCUCCUGUGCGUGGAGCGCGGUGGCGCCCUCGCAUCGUUCUCAUCGAGCUCUACGCAGGCGGUGCUGGGGCCGCGGUGGAGGCCUCCAGACUCCCGAUCGACAUGAUCGCCCCCGUCAGCUGCGAGGUUGAGCCCGCUGCCUGGCGACUGGUGCGUCGCCGCUGGGCGGGCGUGACCAAGCUUGGCAACAUCGAGGCCGUCGACACGGUGCGGUUCACGGAGAUGCUGAAGGGUUACGCGCGGGACGCUGACCGGGUCGUCUUGAGCGCGGGAAGCCCGAGCCAAGAUCUUGCAAGCAUCAAUGUCGCGGGGACCGACCUAGAGGGGUCGAGGCCGAAGCCCUUCUUCCCGGUCCCCGAGCUGACGCAGGCAGCGGAGGUUGCCUGUCCUGAGCGCACCAUGGUGUUUGUCGAGAACGUGUCCAUCAUGACCCUGGAGUCGAGGGCGGAGUUCUCCAGGGCGCUGGGUGUCACGCCCGUGUUCCUCGGGCCCAGGUGUCACGCCCAUGUCAAGCGGCCGCGCCUGUACUGGUGCUCGUGGCCCGUCACGGCGUUCACGGCGUCCGACGUCACCGACGAGACCAAGGGCGUGAGGGAGGCCGCGAGCUUCGAGGUUUUGCUUGUGGUGGAGAGGCUCCCACUGAAUGCCUCGGUCUUGGAGGGCUGGUCGACGCUGGACCCAGAGGCGGACCUCCCGUGUUUCACGAGGCCGAUCCCGGGACGCCACCCGCCGUUCCGGCCCGUGGGCCCCGACUGCGCCUCGGUGCUGGCCGCGGGGCGCUGGGCUGCCGACAGCUACCGCUACCAGGUCGACAACUACGGGGACGGCAGCCUCAUCUGGGACGCGAGGCGUCAGCGGGGCCAACUGCCCGUGCCUGAGGCGAGCUGGAACGUGAUCCCCGAUUUCCAGCAGCCAGGCUUGCGCUGGCAGCGGCCCAGGCACAUCUCAGCGCUGGAGCUGGAGGCUGCGGUGGCUGGAGCACGCUGGAGGUGCCGAGCAGGUGAGAGCCACCGCUGCCGCUGCCUGCCCAUUCUGGAUGCCCAACCGUUCACGGCAGUCAGCACCAAGGGCAGAUCGAGCGUGAGGGCUUUGCAGCCCGCGCUCCGCCAGCUCAACUCCCUGCUCCACGCGACGGCCAGGUACCCGCUGUACAAGUACUGCGACACCGUCGACAUGCCCGCCGACACGCCGCCCCGCUGGCGCUUCGGCCGCCGCUGCCCCGCUGCCAGUGCUGCCGCCGGCGAGAGCCAGGAGAGCCGCCCCUGGCAAGCGGGUAGCGCAAGCACCAGCAAAGGUGAGCCGGGUCACGGCCCAGGCGAUGGCGCAACGUGCUGCAGCGAGGUCCCAGCCGCCGAGGGGGCGUUGGUCACGCCGCUCACCCUGCGGCGGCAUCGUGCGGCAGUCGAGGAGGUCGUUGUUUUCUGGAUUCAGGAGCACCGGCAGCCGCAGACGCCCGCUCAGGUCGACGCUGGCGUGGCCGCCUUCAUCGGGAGCCGUUGGCUGAGCGGUGCAUUGGCGGCCGCGGGCCAGCGUGGCGCUGCGGCGGUGCUGGCAGCAGGCUACGACGCUUUCCUCCGGCAGAGAGUUGACCUCGCUCGCGUGGCCUGA